GUUGACAUAAAUGGGAUCAUUACGACAGCUACAUCUACAGGUGGAUUUAAUAAUAAAAAAGAUGGCCGUAUUGGUGAUACACCAUUAUUAGCGUGUGGAACUUGGGCUGAUAAUGAAACAUGUGGUGUCAGUGGUACUGGAAACGGCGAAUUUUUCAUUCGCUAUAGUGUUGCUUAUGAUGUGGCUGCACGGAUGAAAUAUCUUGAAGAAAGCGUGCAAGACGCGGCUUCGUACGUUAUUAAAAAUUUGGAAAAAGCUGGUGGCGAUGGUGGAGUCAUUGCCUUGGAUAAAUAUGGCAAUUAUGCCAUGCCUUUCAAUACUGAUGGAAUGUUCAGAGGAUAUAUUCGCGUUUCUGACGGUGUUCCACAUGCUUAUAUAUUCAAUGAUGAAAUGAACAGUAUUUAA